CUUUUCCUUCAAAAUUAUUUGAUCACUAGCUCGAGCUCUCAGAAUGCAAAAAUUUAUGGAAAAAAUAGGGCUUAAACGGACACAAGGCCGUUUGACAAAAGAGCAAAGCACCCAGGAUUCAUCAAACAGGUUCGAUAUAUCUGAAGAUAUUGGGUUAAAGCUUAUUUGCGAAAAUACACAAUGUGAUGUCGAUCUUGUAGCCAUUCACGGCGACGGUGGACAUUACGAGAGGUCAUGGUCGCAUUCUGAAACUAAAGUAUUUUGGUUGCGAGAUCUGCUUCCUAGCAUUGUUCCUAAGUCAAGGGUUUUGUCAUUUGGGUACCCUCGAUCGAAAUCACCACUAUCAAAAAUGUCUACACCAGAAAUCGCGUUUCUUUUGCUUCAAGAACUUUCUCGGCUAAGAGAACAUACAAAGAGUGAAAAAAGAAAGAUAAUCUUUUUGGCACAUAGCUUCGGAGUAUUGAUACUGAAAGGCGCUCUCAUCAAUUCAUCAGCACUCGGGUACAACGAUAUAUUCGUUUCAACAGUCGGCGUGAUGUUUUUUGGAUCACAUCCAGACGUCGGCCAAGGACUUGGAAGCCUGGCUUCGUCAUCUUUUCCAGAUGACACACUCCAGUCUCCCCAAGUAGCAGCGCUGAGAAAGGAAGCAGAAUGGCUACAAACUGCAAGUUCUCAAUUCUCUGCAAUUGAGAAGCAGGGCGAGUUCAAAAUUGUGUACUUUCUUGAGAGCCCCACCGAUGGUCCAAUGGAUUCACUGUCUCAGAACCUUCAAGAACAACAAGAACAACAAGAACAAAAAAUACUAGUCAUACGCAUGAAGAAAUCCCAUGGGAUGAUGAUCAGGUUUCGUAAUGCUAGUGAUGAUGAUUUCAGGCAGGUCGAAAAACUCAUUACACAAAUCUAUAAUAACCAGGUCUGAUGAAUGUUUUGCUUCUGCUUGCCUGUAUCUAUAAUUACAUUGAAGCGAGUAAUAAAAGC